AUGUUGUUGCUAGCUGCCGGACCCAAUUGGGAGGCCAUGGUGAAGAGCAGCUGGAGCCAUGCGGAUGUGGUGCUACCAACGGCCUGCUUGCUGCUGUGUGUGCUACUUGUGACGCUUCCCCGGGCGCCUCACAGCACUGCGCGCAACACCAGCACUUUGCUGCCAAGCUCGGCGCCGGCGGUGGUCUUCCUGUCAAACUACCCGUGCUGGGUGAAGGGCUUGGUUCCAAAGUUGCAACUGGUCACAAGCAGGCUGCUGGUGGUGAGUAACAAGACCGAGCUGCAGGAGUUUUGCAAAGAAGUGGGCUGCGACUUCAUGCUCUUUCCGCUGUGCAGUGACAGCUUGAGCUUCGCACGAAUCUGCAAAGAGGAUGCCACCUAUCGGAGCCAGGUGGAAGCGGUCUAUGCCGCGUUGCGCGACUGGGCGCCAGACUUCCUGGUGGCCGCGGGCUUCCACGUGCUGCCGCCACACGCAGUGACGAUCCCUGGACAGGCGGCCCUGAAUUUUCAUCCCAGCAAAUUGCCCUUGUAUCGCGGUGGUCUUCCCUUCCAAGCGCAAAUACUACGAGGAGAGACACGCCUAGAAUGCUGCGUUCAUGUCAUGACGGACAUCAUCGACGAUGCCCAAGACGUCUUGGCGCGGGGUGUGGAGAUCUCCCUGGAAGGGAAGACCACCCAGCAGCUCUUUGAGGAGGUCGGGCAGCUCUUCCCAGAACUGGUCCUGGAAGCCAUCGAAACCAUCCAGCAGCGGAAAACCAGGAGGGCGGAAGCGGCGGAGCCCAGCGUUGUGGGUCAGGGAGACUUGCCCCACUCCUUCGGGGUCAAGGCCGAAACCUGGAUAGAUGAGACCGGAGAGAAGAAACGCUCCAAUGCAGGAGUCCUUUCGCGCGUGCGUAUCGAGUGGGAGGAAGAUAGCGCAGUGGACAUUGAGCGUGCCUGUCGAGCCUUCACAGUGCAAGGCUUCAAGGGACUGCGCCUUGACGGUGCCGAAGGUGAGAGAACUGACCGUGCCGAAGAACCGGGAGUUUACAAAGAUUGA